AUGGCUUGGAAACGGCUGCUGACUCUCCUGCCCUGGCUGCUGUUCUACAAGCUCUUCUACAAGGUCGAGGACUUCACGGAGUCGGAUCUCGUCGAGAACAGCCUAGACUAUCACCCCGAGGACUACAUCGAUUCCUUCACCGACUUCCAAAAGCACGAUUACUUUCAGUAUUGAGAGACCACACAUUAUCCAUCAAUUUUUUUAAGUUUUCGUUUCGUUCAAUAAAGCAGAGUGAAUAUGAGUACAUGCCUUUUGUUUUUG